AUGUCGGGCAGCGAAGCUGAGAAACACGGCCAGACGACGCCGGAAGCCAGCACGGCCGAGCGGGACAUCAACGUCGAUGGAGCGGAGCGGAGGAAGGAAUAUGCCUCUGGCUUCAAACUCGUCAUCAUUGUUGCGUCGCUCUGCUUGUCGCUAUUUCUCUGUGGGCUGGACCAAACCGUCAUCACCACGGCAGUGCCCAUCAUCACAAAUGAGUUCAAAGCCAUCGAGGAUGUGGGCUGGUACACCACAGCCUAUCUCCUCACCACGUCUUCCUUCCAAAUCGCCUAUGGCAAGCUCUACACCACCCUGUCUGUCAAAAUUGUCCUCUUGAUCGCCCUCGCAAUUUUCGAGCUGGGCUCUGUUAUAUGCGCUGCCGCCCCAAACUCGACGGCCCUCAUCGUGGGCCGAGCCAUCGCGGGCCUCGGUGCCGCAGGCAUAUUCCCAGGAAGCACACUUGUUCUGGUUCAUGCGGCCCCCAUGGAGCGGCGCCCGGCUCUGCUUGGUAUAACCACAGGCAUGUUUGGCAUUGCCAGCUUGUGCGGUCCAUUUAUCGGUGGUGCAUUUGCCGACGGCGCAACCUGGAGGUGGUGCUUCAUCAUCAACGUCCCUCUUGGUGUCAUCACCGGCGUCAUUCUCACAUUCUUCGUUACCACCCCCAUCGACGCCCAAUACGCCAAUUGGACCUUCAAGGAAAAACUUGCCUACGCCAGGAUUCCCGAAAUCCUCAUCCUUGUUGUCGCACUUGUCUGUCUCGUGCUGGGCCUUCAAUGGGGAGGCGCCGUCUACCCAUGGAGCGAUGGCCGUGUCGUUGCCAUGCUCGUCGUUUUCGCCGUCUUGACGGCUAUUUUCUUGACUAUACAGAUCUUCUUACCCAAGUCGCGCGCGAUACCCACCACCAUUAUCCAGAACAGAAACAUCUGGUUCGCCUCCAUCUUCGCCCUCUGCAGCUCGGGAGCCAUGUUCAUCGCGGUUACCUACUUGCCCAUCUACUUCCAGGCCAUCAAAAACGCCUCGGCGCUUUCGUCGGGUGUCAUGGUCAUGCCGCUGAUAUUGGGAUUCUUGGUCAUGUCCAUCAUUUCUGGCAUCAUCACAAACAUUACGGGCUAUUACAAUCCCUCCAUGCUGCUCUGCACGCUGCUGGCCUCUGUCGGUGCUGGCCUCAUCUCGACUUUCGACGUAGACACGCCUCAGCCGAAAUGGAUCGGAUAUCAGGCGCUGCUCGGUUUUGGCAUAGGCUUCGGUCUCCAACAACCCAUAGUAUGCGCGCAGCAUGUCCUUGCUGAAGGAGACGUGCCUUUCGGGGUCGCCUUCAUCAACAUGAUGCAAAUGUUGGGCGGAGCCAUCUUUGUGGCUGUUUCACAGAAUGUCUUUCUGAAUAGGCUUGCCACGGGCGUCGCCAAUGUUUUGCCAGGGUUCGAUACCCGCAAAAUCAUCCAAGGCGGCUUGACUGAUUUCAAGAACCUCUUUGAUCCGGACCAACUCCCGAAAGUCAUACCCGUCUAUGCUCAUGUCAUUGGCGUCGUUUUCCUCAUCGUCACUGGCUUAUGUGCGGCAACCUUGCUCGGUGCGGUUGGCAUCCAGUGGCGAUCUGUGAAGAUGCCAAAAGCAAGUCAAUCCCGAGAAGAGCAGGAGCCUUAG